AUGUUAGCUAGUUCCCAUGGAACAGUGCGAGUUUACAAUGCUCAGACUGGUUCUCUUGAGAAAGAGACUAAUUUAGUCACUAACUUGGUUGAUAAUUGUUCACGUAUAUUCCUUAGUUAUUUUCCUUCAAAUGAACGCUUAGUAAUUGCGAGAGAAACUGAAAUUAACGCGAGAACCCACUCAAACGGGUCUGUCUUGCUUCAUGGCUUUCUCGAUAGACGCAUUCAAUAUAAAAAUGAGAAGAUCAGUCUCGAAUUUUACUCAAAUCAGGGCUCUGUUAUAGAACUAUUUAUUUUCACUAUCGAAAGUUUGUACACUGAUUGCGGAGGUUUAGUUGUGGACACUCAUAACUGUCCUAAUCCUAAGUGGAAAACAUUUACCAUCUGUGAUAGUUACGAGAGGUUGUAUAGUUUCUUUGACAAGUUGCAGCACAGUAAUUCCAGUAAAAGUGUGCUUCUGACUACCCCAUUGUUGAAGUCAAUUCUGCAUCGAUUAACACGAGCUAUAACGGAUAGUGACAGCGUUUUGUUUUUCACGGCUAUGCGAGAGCCCUUCACCAUGCAAAGCGAAGCUCAUAGACGCCUUACAUUUACUCACUGGCCUCAUAUGGACUAUCAAUGGAUAACGCCUUCCACCUUGUCUGAAGCUGGAUUUUACUUCCCAUUAAAAUUCCCACUGGACAUUGUAUGUUGUCUUGAAUGCUCAGUUAGAUUGUCAUCUUGGGAACCAACCGACGAGCCAUGGAGUGAACAUAUCAGACAUUCACCGCAGUGCAGCUUUGUGUCAUCUCCAAAUUCGAAAAGCAUACCUAGUACAUUUUCAUGGUCAACGGAAACAGCACAAACUCAUGCAAUAUCUGAUGAUCCUAUCAUGGUGCUUACAGCUUCUACGUCGACAGAUUUUGUCACAACUUCAACAGUCGAUGGUGGAAUUACUAUUUGGGAUCUGUCGUACUUCAACAGACGUUCAUUAGAAUUCAGUCUUGUGGAUGUAUUGAAUGCUUCGAUAGUUAUUGCUAAUACCAGUGAAAUGAUUAUUAAAUCUCAACUACAAGUACAUAGUGGAUGUUUACUAGUUUCUAAUUGUCCUACAAUGAAAUUUAUCAAUCUUCCACAACCCCCAAAAAUACAUCAUUUAAUUCUUGGUUGUUGUUUACCAUAUUCAGUGUUUGUUAAAUUACACUCUUGUAUGCAGAACAUGUCAGCAACUAAUAAACUUGAGAAUGUUAAAAACAACAACUCUAAAAAAUAUCAACUAUGUCUUAUCGUUAUUGAAUUAUGUCCAUUAAACAGUGAACAAGUUAUGUGGAUAGCUGACUCUACUUUCUCUUCAACAACAACAACACUAUCAUCACCGUUUUUUCCUAAAUCAAUAUUUCCUAAUCAAUUCAAUAUAGAUUCGAUACCAACAGAUCUUGUCAAGUUUCUUCCAUUAAUUGGUCAUGAUUAUACAAUAGAAUAUGAAGAAUUAGGAGAUAUUGAUGAUAACGAUAGUGAUGAGAAAGAGACUGAUAAUGAUGAUUAUGAAGAUGACUUUGAUGAGGAGAGUUCUGACAAGUUAAAUAGCGUACAUACAAAUAAUAUCAUGAGUGAUUCAGUACCAAAAGAUAAUGUUCCAACAUCAAUCAGUACAAAGCUUAUCGAGAAUGAUUUCUACGCGUAUAUUGGUUUGUCUAGUGUCGUCGAAGAGUUUGUAAAUUUAAAAGCUCCGACAGAGUGUCAUCCCACAUCCUCAACCAAUAAAUUACAAUUAAAGAAAAUAUCUGCUUUAAGUUCAUCCAAUUUGUCGUCAUCAAUAAAACACAUUGAAAAUCAACAGUUUAAUAUGAAUGAAACAACCAGUUCAAUUCCAUGCUUUGAUCAUUCUGAAAAUAAAAAUGGCAAUAGUAGAUGUGUUGAGAACUUACCGAAACUUGUUGGUGUCAUACCUUUGUCAGUUACUGCUAAUAGUACUAAUAAUGACAUUGAAAAUCCUAAUUUUCGUGUUUUACAAAUAUUACCACUACCAUUGCAAACAAUGUCUUUCAAUAGUGAUAAUUCAGCUUAUUCACAAGGCAUACUUGUUUGUUGUGGUUUAUCAAGAUCAUUAUCUCAUGUAGAGGUUCAUCAUGAAACAACUGCUGAUAACCAAUCGAUUGAAGAUGGUGAUCUAUUUUUAUUCGGAUAUAAUGAAAAUGAUUGUAUCCAACCUAAUUCAGUUAUUGAUGAAACUCCACUUUUUCACAUGAAAUUACCUAAUCAUUAUUGUCCUAUUCAAAUGGAUGUGGUAUCCAAUACCAAUGAUUUACAUGUUUGUUCUUUAAACGCUUUAUACCCUCCAAUUAAAUUACAAUAUGAAUGUGGACAAUCAUGUGUAGCUGUCAAACAUACUGCUACUGCUACUACUACUAAUAAUAAUAAUUUAAUGUUUACUAUAGACUCACCUUUAACUACUACAGAAACAAAUGACUUAUCAUUUUGUUGUUUCAUACUUACAGUCUACAAUUCAUUAUUACAAAUAAAUGUUUAUAAAAAUCUAUCAUGUUAUGCUCAAUUAAUUAUAUCUAAUCCAAUCUUAUCAGCUGAUGAAGAUAACAAUAAUGACGAAAUAUUUAAUGGCAAUAUACAAUUUAAUACAUUCACCUAUUGUACUGGUUUAGAUAAUAUAUGUUUAAGUACUAUCAAUGGUGAAAUGUAUAUUUAUCAAUUACAUAAUCAUGAAUUAUAUAAAUAUGAUAUGAAUAAACAAAAACGUAUUCAUUUAUAUAAUUCAAUCAUAUCAAUUAAUCAACAUUGUAAUGUAUCUUCUUAUAAGGAAACUGAAGCGUCCUUUCCUAUAAGUAGUCAUAAUAGUAGUAUAAGCAGUAGUAGUAGUCAUAGUUAUUUAUUAAAUGAUUUAUAUGCAUAUUGUAAUUGUCCAUUAGAACAAUGUUUUAUUUUACAUCAACUUAUCAAAACGGUUCCGAUAGAUUCAUCAAUUCAAGUUAACUUCCCAGAUCUAAUUGGUUGGUAUGAAGUGGACCUAUCUCUUCCAUCAUUAUCUUCUACCAUAGAAAAUAAACAACAAUUUACGAGUGAUCAUAGAACAAUUCAAACUCUUUCAAAAUUAGUUACACAUUAUAUACAAUUAAAAAAAGAAUCAUUAAAGAAGUCACAAUUCAAUAAUGAUAAUUUGGAUAAUAUUCCAUUGAUGUUAACAUGUGCUACAUUAGCUGUUCAACUUAGUUUAUCAUCUAAUAUAUCUACUCAUUUAUGGGAAUUUAAUACUCGUAAUUGGUGCGCUUAUCAAAGUUUGAUUAAACAACAAGUUAAUAAGUCUAAUGGUACUUCAAUUAUCAAAAGUAUCAUUAAUAAUAAUGAUAACAAUGAUAAUUCUAAGAAUAUAUUAUCUGAACAUGUAUUAGAAAUUAGUUUACGAAGAGUAUAUUCAAUUUCACAUUUUAUAUUUCAUUCAACAUUAAAACAGUAUGAGAAAGUACAAAAUCAAUCCGAUGUAUAUAUAACACUUCUAAGAAAAAAUAUUUCAUCUAAUAAACCUCUCCAUUUUAUUCAUAAUCCUUCAAAAACCUCAACAAAUACCGAAUGUAAUGAAUUUCAUCGUGUAUCAUCAGUUCUUGAUCAUAGUUUGGUGGUACACGAUUUAAAUGCUCCAUUUAUCGAUGAUGAAUACGACAGCACACAGUCGUCGGAGUACAAAUCACAAAUUUCAGAUGAAAAUGUCCACUUCAAUAAUGAAUUACUAUCAAAUAACUUAAAAAUUCCUGGACGUGUAUAUCAUAUGCCUACUGAAAGCAUCAUCUCAUCAGAACGUCUUCGUGAAUUAAAUGCAAAUAUAAUUGCUGGUCCCUAUUUAUUAAGUGAUUUUCUUACUAUGAAUAAUCGUUGUAGUAAUAUUCCAAUGACUAGUUCGGAGUUAAUUAAAUCACGUUCACGUUUCUUUUCUGUGCAUAUCAAAAUAGUUGAUGCCAAAAAUGAAACUUCUUCAAAUCUUGAUUGUCAAUCGGCUACUGCAGUUGAAAGUCAACAGACACCUUUAUUACUGUCAGAUAUAUUUGCACAAAUUGGUUUGAGUGUUCAUCAGUUUAACACAACCUGUUGUUGUUAUGACCAUCCUGCUCCCCCUAAUAUUUUCGUUAAUGAAGCUCCAUCGUCAUCAUCGUUAUCGACCAAUCAGCUUACAAUUAUGAAUGAUAUUGAUAAUAAUGAUAAUGAUGGUAAUGAACGUACAUCAUUAAAGUCGUGUAAAAUGCAUACAAUUUUGCAUGAAAGGGCUCAACGUUUAGCUAUUCUACGCUCUAUGAAACUUCAUGAAGAUUGUUUCAGUUUUCUUAGUUCAACUGAUGGUACUUGUAAUCAUAAUAGCAAUGACAUUUACGAUAAAUGGAGAGACUUGCUUACGCAGAACUUCUACCAUCAUACUAGCAAUUUUUCGUCAAUUAUUCUAGAUGUUUUAAAUUGGGUUGUGUUGAUGUAUCUUCAUGAGUUAGAACUAUCAUGCGAUAUCGUAGCGAAUUUAUUAAAUUUGGCUGCAAAUAAUUAUGAGAUGUUAAUUGAAAAUGUAAUUGUACACGGUGAUCGUGAAUGUGUUCAACUUGGAACAAGAUUAUUGUUUAGUUUACUCAAAUUAGAAUUUAUCUUCCUAAACUAUUGCUCUUCAAAUAAUUCGUCAUAUAAAAAGCCAAUAGUUUUCCAUGUAUUACGCAAUUGUCUGUCUACAGAUAGUAAAACUACUACUGAAAAUAAUAAUAAUAGUAGUAAGUUCAUUCGUUGGUUAUUAAUUUGUCAAACAUCAGCAGGAUGUGAAACAUUAUUCAGUUUAUUGGAUUUCAUCAUUUCUUAUUCUUUUGAUGAAUGUCGUCGUAAUUCAAAUGAUCUGAAGACGAAAUUGUUAUUACAAAAUAAUUUAAUGACUUUACUCAAUACAGUUUCAUUAUUACAUGAGGAUUUCAAUCGUCUACACUCUUCAUAUCGUUUACCUAUAUGUCUUGGUUCACCUAUGCUAUUAAAUCUACCGUUAUACAAAUGGACUUAUCUAGGUUCAGAAUGCUUACAAUCAACACCUGAAAAAUUACAUAAUACUAAUAAUAAUAAUAAUAAUAACAGUAGUAAAUAUCAAAAAUCUUUUAAUUCAACAAUUCCCAGUACUAGUAAUAUUAAUAAUAAUGGCAUCAGUUUUAAUUAUGAAAAUAUUAAAAACUGUUAUCCUAUUAAUAAGCAUAUAAUGAAUUUCAAUGGUAUUUAUACACCGAAAAGUUACAUAUCAUUUAUUUCUGAUUCAAUAUUCAAUGAUACUACUACUACUGAUUCAGAACAAUAUACACAAUUGAAAGAAAAAUCAAAUUGUUUCCAAGGCAACGACAUUAAUAAUAAUAAUGAUAGUAUCGAUACUACUGCUACUACUACUAAUGAUAAUAAUGAUAGUAACGAUACUACUUAUAAUCAUUCACUAUAUCUACCUUCAUCUAAUUAUUCAUCCAAUGCUUCGUUUAUUCAUUUCUCUGAUAUUUUCACAUUAAUGCGAAGUAAUUUUAUUACUAAUAUUGAUCAUUCAAAGAAUAUAACUAAUAUUAUACUAUCAGAUUUACAAGAUUGGCCAUUUCAUGGUUUAUUAGAUGUGGAACCAUUAAAAUUUCCAUUAGAUAAAUUAUCCAUUCAAUUAAAUGAUGAUUGUGAUAUUGAAUGUGUAGAUUUUUUUACUGGUGAACAGUUACCAAUAAAUGAUAAUAUUUGCUACGAAACAAAAUUCAAUAAAUCACAAAUUGAAACUAAUAAUAAAGAACAUGAACUAACAUCUGCUAUAUCUCAUCUUAUGAAUUCAAUUGAAGCUUAUCAUUUAGUCAUAUCUCGUAUGCAUCCAGGUGCACAUCGUUCAGUUACAUUCAGUACUUAUUCAUCAUCAAUAAAUUUUUUAACAGAUCUAAUUAUACCAAUUAAUCCUUGUUUACAAUGUAUUACAUUAGAAGCUAUAUUAAAUGAUCAAUCUUUAAAGGAAUCAAUCAUUUCAACAAAAUUAAUAGCUAUAUCUACUGAUAUAAGUCAUACUGCAUUAGUAUUACGUGAUAUUUAUCCACCAAUUAAAUUUACUCAACUACGUAUUACUAUAGUUGGUCGAUUAGAUUGUCCAUUCAAUAAGGCACGUAUUCAUUUAGGUUCAUAUUUUGGACAAAAUGGUAUUUGGCAACAAUUUAUACAUCCUUUAAUUAAAACAAAUUCUAAUGACAAUAAUAAUAAUUUAAUACAAUAUUUAGAAAGUAUUGUAUUAAGUAAAACAAUGAAAUUCAUAUCAGUUCAACAAUGUUUAAUAAAUACUUUGGACCAAUGUGAUAAAAAUAAAAAAAUAUCCAAUAUAUCAUCAGAUAGUGAUAAUAUCCAAAUAUCGUCACUAUACAAACAAUGCUAUAAUUUACAAUAUCAAUUGAAUUGGAUAGAUCGUACAUUGAAUCGCUUAAGAAAAAUAUAUCAACCUGAAAAAUUUCGUGAAUAUAAGAGUCAAAUUCAUGAGAUGUCUAAUGAACAGUUAAGGAUGAAUUUGUAUCCAGAUAAAGUGAAGUAUAUUUUGGAACAUUGUUUAUUGUGUUUGUUAAGUCAUGCAAAUGAAAUCUGGUCAGUGAUAGAACCUCUUCCAUUAUUAUCCCCAUCAACAGAAGUUUCACCAUUAGACAAUGAAGAUUAUACUUUUUUAAAUUGUGUUGAUAAGUGUUGUACAACAUUUUUAAAUGAUAUGAUUAUUCAUGGUAAUCGUUCAAUGCAAAUUCUUACCGUUGGAUUAAUACCAAUGUUUAUAAAAAUCAACUCCAUUCUUUUAUCAAUGAAUCAUACUAAUCAUAAUUAUCUUUAUAAAUUUCUUAAAAAUUCUUCAAUCAUAAAAUCUAAUAUUCAUAAUAAUACAAGACAACAAUUAUUAUUUUGGUCUAUAUUACAACGUUUAAUCCAUACUGGAAUGUCUCAAUAUCUACUUGAUACUACUAUAUCCAUUCUUUAUGAUAUAUGGAAUUCUAUAGACACUAAUAAUAAUGAAAAGGAUCCAUUGAAUUUAGAAAUCUUUAAUAAUAUACUACUAAUUAUUGAUACAAUAAUAGAAAAUGGUUAUUCAUCACUUCUUACUGUACAUAAAUCAUUAAAUCAUUUUUUAACUAUAUUAAAUAUGCAUCAAUUAUCAUCUAAUGGACAUAUAAGUAUAAAUGGUUUAUUAAAAUGGCAUUAUUUUCAUCAAAUCUAUAAUAUAAAACGAUGUAAUGCUAUAUAUCCUUAUUGUCAAACAAUAAAUAGUAAAAUAACUAAUGGUAUUUAUAAUAAUGAUACAAUAUCACAAUAUCAAUUAUGUGCUAUUUCAUAUUAUCGAUGGCAUUUAGAACAUUUAGCAAAUCUGUCAACUCAAUAUGCAGCUAAUCAUGAUUAUCAUCGACAAAUUAUUGAGAAAGAUUUAUUCCCAUUGGGAGCAUUGUUUGUUCGAAGAAUUAUUGAUUCACAGACAUCAGUUUUAAUGCGAUCUUGUAUCCCAGAAUGUAUUCAACAAACCAAUACAUAUUCCAGCAAAUCUUUUCUUCCUCUGGAAACCUAUCAAAUUCCUCAACAAAGAUUUCUCUGUAUGUUUGGUGAUGAUGAUGAGUCUUCCAUUGAAAAUUCUUUAAUUCAACUAUUACAGAUAUUAAUCAAUGUUACAUUAAAAUUUUUAAAUGAUCUAUUAAAUUUAUCAUCUGUGAAUAAUAGCUCUACAAUGUCAAGAGAGUCAAUUUUAUUUCAGAAUUGUUUUGUUAUCUGCCGCCUACUUGGUCGUAUUUGUUGGCAUAUUUCAGGUGAUCGAAUUCGUCAAUAUUUCAUUCCCGAUGGAAAUAUUUACGAAUCUGAACUUUUUAAAUUCCUAACUAACUUUUGUCAACGUCUUAAUGAUCAGUCGUCUCUCUUGAAUGAUAUGAUUAUUGAAUGUUUAUGCCUUACUCUUAAUAGUGAAUGCAUUCCUGAGUGUCCACAGACCAUAAAACCAGAUAAUUAUGGAAAUAUUGAAAGUAUUGACCUUCAGAAAUCUCAAAAUAAAUCAUGGCCUUAUCCAAACAAUUCUGUAGUUAAUUAUCAUCUACAACAAACUACAGAUUUAUUAUGGCAUUUAUUACCUAGCCAAUUGUUGACUAGAGCUCAGUCUAUUUUAGUGCAACCAUUUAAUCAACAUCAAAUUAAUCAUAUUCAUACACAAAAAAACAGACUUAAUACCUGUAUAACAACAUCGUCAAACAAUAAUGGUCAUUUCGUAUUAUGUGAAAUAUUUUCUGAAUGUAUAAAUCUCAUGUUGAAAGAUGCCAAAUCUAUUGGUCAACUGGAUUAUAAUAAUGAUAAUAAGCUACAAUCGGUUCAUGAUAAUCUGUCUGAUCAACAUCCAUAUCUUAUAAAUGUUUUAUACCUAUUCUGUGGAAUUAUUGGUGAACCAAAUUUCAAACCCUGGAAACUUACUUCGAAUGAUAAAACUUCCAAAAAAUGCCAAUGUUAUGUAAAGACUAAUCUUCAGAUAAAUAUUCAAUUGGAAAGUUUACAAAAUGUCCUAAACUUAUUAGAAAAUUUUGUUCAAUUAAAGCAAAGAACACAAACAACUGAUCAGCAUUACCUAUCUUCAAAAUCUAUUGAAUAUUUACGUAAUUUUUAUACAUUGACUAUUCAUUUUUUAGCAAUAUCAUCUGAAUCAUCAAAUUUACGACUGUACAUAUUAGAAUCUUCAAGUUUUUCAUUAUUUCUCAAUACUAUACUUACAGAUUAUUCAUUAAGAAAUGGUAUAAAUCGUUCAUGUACAUUAGCUUUAGAAGUAUUAUUCUCAUGGUUUGCAUAUUCAACAGUGAAAUUAGUAAAUUCGGAUUAUCAUCCAUUUGAUAAAUUUUGUCUUGAUCAAUUAAUUGGUUUGUUUUCAAAGGCAAAUACUUCAACUCAAAUUAUUGAAGGUCCGUGUGAUUUACAAGCUGUUCUUUUAACAGCUAUAUGUUCACGUAUUAAAUCAUCCAAUCAAACAAACACUAUUGAUAAUGAUUCUGAUUCAGUCGAACAUGCAAUUCAAACAACGAUUACCACAUGUUCCAUGCAUACAAUAUCAAAUCUACCAAUAGAUUAUCUUUUUCAACUUGUACAAAUUUUAUUAAAUUAUCUAUAUGAUCAACUUGUUAAAUUAAAUCAACAAUCCCCAAUGAAUAAUGAUAAUAAUCAUAGGGCUUAUUUAUUAUGUUUUUCAUGUUAUACUACUAUUGUCGAUGAAGAAUAUGAAUCAUGCCAUAAAAAUUUCACUUUAUGGUCUACACUAGCUAGUAAUCAUAUACGACAAAGAUUAAUUAGUAAUCCUUCUACAAAAAAUAUUGAUAAAGAUCCAAAUGAUCAAUCUUCAACUCCUAUGAAUACUAGUAGUAGUAGUAGUACUACUACUACUACUACACCAUUAUCAAAUUGUUCUUCAUUAUUUAUUCGACAAUUAACUUGUUGUUAUUUAUAUGGUUUAUGUUCUACAAGUGGAAUGUAUUCACAAAUUCUAUCUAAUAAAACAUACCAUAAUAAGUGUUUAGCAUUAAUUCUUGGGAAUCUUUGUAGAAUACUAACAGAAACCUUCAACAAUAUCCAUGAUAAACAUAAACUUAGAGUAUUUUUUAUCAGAAAUAUUAAAUUAUUCUUAUCCUCAUUAAGUUUUGCUCAUGUUAACUCACCUAUGAGUACAAUGAUUACAUUAUCUUGUAUGAUUAAUGGUUGGAAAACAUUGAAACAUUUUGCUCAAUUAAUUAUGAAUCAUUUUAAACCAAUUAGUAUAUGUGAUUGGUUAUUUUAUUGUGUAAUCAUGGUUAUGCAAUCAUUGGAUUCUAUUGAUUCUUCUUCUUCUCAUUCUUUAUCGUUGCCGUCAACGACAGAAUCUGUACUUACAUUUAGAACACACUUGUUACAGUCACUCAUUUCUCCAAUUCCUUUAAAUUCAUGUCCAUUAUUUCUAUUAUUAGCUUUAUGUAUUGAAUCUAAUUUGCAAUUACACAAUAAUAAUAAUAAUGAUUACGCAAAUAUUCUUUUAAAUACUUUUAUAAAUGAUACUUGCAAUCGUAAAUCUAUCAGAUCAUCUUCAUCUUCCAUUGUCUGUACAUCUUCUUCACUUGACUAUACAAAAUUAUAUACAAUCAAUGCAUCAGAAUUAGGUCAAGCAUUAUUACAACAAUCAUUCAAUGAUAAUCUACCAUAUUAUCAACAAUCAUCAAUAUUCAAUUUUCAAUAUUUAAUUAAUUCAUUACCUAUUGGUUUAUUUGGUCCAAUUCAUUUAUUUAAACAAUCUUCAUUAGAAUUUCAAAAAAAUCUAAUUAAUUUUAAUUAUCCUAAUCAACAACGUUUACAAAAACAAUCAACCAAUAUGGAUACUACUGCUACUACUUGUCAAUGUGUUAAUUUACUUCAUUCGAAUCAACAGAAACAGAUGAAAAUAAAUAGUAUCCAAGAUACUGAUCACUAUGAUAUUAUUGAUAAAGAGAAAUCCUAUACUUCAAUCAUAAAUUAUCAGAAAUCAAUAAUUGAUUUUGCACCUAUAUCAUUUAUUUAUUCCGAUAUAUUAGAUGAACAAAUUACAUCAUUAUGUCAAACAUUAUCAAUUAUGAAUUGUCAUAAUGAUAAUAAUAAUUGUGAGAAUAUUAUAUUUCCAUUAUAUUUAGGUUUUUCAGCGUAUUCAUUUGCACCGAAAACAAUAUCUGGAUCUAAUCUUAUGAAGGAUGUAAACGAUUGUAAUAAUAAUACUAAUAAUGAUAACAAUAAUAAUAAUAAUAAUAAUAAUAAUGACUACUCAUCCAAUCAAAUUCCAGAAAAAUUCAAUUUAUCAGAAUUUAUUAAAACUAAUUUUGUUUUUCAUAAUAAUAAAGAAUCAUUACAAAUUAUUGUAAGAUUACCAUUAUUAAUACAAUUAGAAUGUGUACAAUUAUCAGUUAAGAAUUCACUUCAAUCAGCUAGUCCUGUAAUUAUUGAAAUAGAACUAUAUCGUGAUUUACCUGGUGCUUCUCGGCGAACAUUUAUCAGUGCACAUAAAAGUAACAAAUCAUCAUUGUCAAAACUUCAUACAAUUAAUUUUCCACCACGUUUAGUAUCACAUGUUUUAAUAAGACUUUAUCAUUCUCAGAAUUACAAUAAAACUCUUCGUGUGAACAUUUUACGUUUAUUAGGAAGACAUGCAAAUGAUAAUCGGUUGUUUUUCACAGAGACUUGUGGAAAUAGCUGCAUAAAUGCAAAUAAUUUAACUGGUGAGAAUUCGUUAAAUAAAAUCAGACCAAUUGUCUUACUACAUCUAUUACAUAAUGAAAUGCUAUCACAAUUAUUACCCAAUAUAUUCUAUUCCUAUCAAUUUAUCAAUUCAUUAUUACAUUGUUUACAUACUAUUAGUUCAGAUAAAAAACUAUCAAUGUGUACCCGUCAAUUAAUACAAAUGGUAACAUGUCAUAAUCAGAUUUUUGAUAUGAUCAAUUAUAUAUACAAUUUAACUAGUGAUGAUUCAUCUGAUAAUGAUAAUAAGAGAUUACAUAAUGAAUGGUUUUAUUCACCUAUUAGUUAUAUUAAUAAUGAAGUGGAUAUGUUUUGGAAAUCAUGUCCUUCAUCAGCUAUAUUAUGUGAACGUAUUUUACUCGGAUUAUUGGUUAAUACAGAUAAUGCGGGUAGAAAUAGUCUUGCUAAUUAUAUAUUAACUAAAUUAUUGAAUGGUAAUAAUGAUGAUGAUGACUUAACAAUAAACUAUGAAAAUGUAUCAUUCACAAAUGUGUCGAAAUCAAAUCAGGAUAUAGAUAAUGAAUUCAAUUCAUCUUAUUGGUAUGGUCCAUUAGCUUCAUUAACAUCUACACCAAAUCAACGUUUAUUUGCAUGGUUAUGUCUACAUCAAGAUGUUGGACAAUCUACACGUAUUGAACAAAUUAUUAAUUGGUUAAGUCAUUUCAAUGAAUCUACGAUAAAACAAGAUAUUCUUUCUCAUAAUCAUCAAUUAUUGAAUCAUUGGUCUCAAUUAAUAUUGAUUUUUUCAAGUGUUUUAUGGAGUUUAAGUAGUGGUACUACUACUGGUACAAUGGAAACGGAUCAAUGUUCAAAUUUAUGGCAAAAAUAUGUGACAAUUGAUUUUAUUAGUUCUAUUUUUGAUUUAUACACCUCAAUUAUAAAACAUUAUCAAAUGGAUCUAUCUAUGGAUGAUGUUGAUGAUGACAAUAAUGAUACUAAGAACCUAAUCGUUGAAAUUAAACAAUUUACCAAAGUACUAAUCAAUUUAAUGUGCUCUUUAUGCACAAUCCAACCAAAUGUCAUCUCUAUACUUUUAUCAAAACUUUUAAUCAUUCCUACAACAAGUCCCUUGUCUAAUCAAUAUGAUAAAUUCUUAUUCAAUAGUCAAUUGAAAGUAUUCAAUUCAAUUCUAUCAUCAGAUCAUAUUGUCUAUUCUAUUUUCUCAAUGAAUAAACCGACAAAUUCAACAGAUCCAAUUAUAUCGAAUAACUUCUUUUAUAAUUGUUGUACAUGGUUAUCAGAUUAUUUCUUUGUUAUGACUACUUCUGAAUCUUCUUCAUAUUCUUCUAAUGGAUCAGUUCUCACCAUGGAUUCAGCUCUUAGACAUUUAUCUAUUUUAAAUUAUUUCAUGCAAUCAAAUCAAUCUACAACAUUACGACUUAUUCUUGGUCAAUUCAUUUGUGAAUAUUUACUACCAAGUUUAUUGUUUAACUUUACUGCAGUAUUAUCAUCUUUAUUUCAAUCUAUAUCAUUGAAUAAUUUGUUCAGUAAUCAUCAUCAUCAUUUUGAUUCAAGUAUUUAUAAGGUUAGUCAACUUCAACAAGCUAUUAUUACUUUAUAUCAAACAGUUAAGCUAUCAAUGACACUUUCGAAAUCAUCCAAACGAUUCAAUUCAUGUCAAUUGAGUUUAGAAAGUUCAAAGUUGAAAAUGAAUUGUUUAACUGAUCGUUUGAUUGAAACAUUUAAAGAAUCAUUUAUGAAACAAAAUUUCAAAUUAUCCAAUUUUAUAUCUGAACUAUUAUUACCACAACCCUUAUCAUUAACACCUGUACCAUUUAAACAAACAAUAGCAGUAUUCGCAGUCACUUCAAAUCAUCCACAUACAUCGACUGAUUUGCCAUGGCCUAUAACUGGUCCCCCAGUUGUACUCAAUAUUCAAUCAUCUGAACUACUGAAAUCUGAAUUAGUUACAUUUUUAUGCCAAGAAAUCCAUCAAUCUGUUUCAAAUAUUAACCUGGACUAUUCCAUUCAUCCUAGUCUUUCAACAGCUUUAUUACUGAUCAAUAUUUAUCAUCCACCAGAAUACACUGGGACUAAUCAUUAUGAAUUUGAAAGAAACAUUUUUGUGAAACAUUUAAGAUUAAUAAUUGAUCAUUUAUUGCAUCCAUUUUCGAUUAAUCGCGCUAGUAGUAGUACUACUACUAAUAAUAAUAGUAGUAUUAAUAUAAAUGUAUCACACCCAACUGAAAUAAAUACAAUGAAUGAUUUUGAAUUAUGUCUUAUUAAACAUACACCAAAUAUUGGUCAUAUUAUAUCACCUAUUGAUUGGGAUAAUGGUAUAUUUCUACCAAAAGAUUAUACAGAUAAUUGGACUAUGGAACAAUUAAAUCAAUUCACUGAUGACCAUCCGCUGAUAAUUAAUCAAUGUCGUUUACUUUGUUUAUUAAUUCGACCAUGUGAACAUGCUAAAUUUGUAUUACAUCCACCAGAAUCAGUAACUAAACCGUCAUCCUCAUCAUUAAUGAAAGAGACUAAUUCCAUAUCUUAUUAUGAUUAUUUAUUAAAAAAUUUUCAAUCAUCAUUUAUAAAUGAAUUUUUAAAAUCUGGUUUAUUAUAUUUUAUAGCUAAUUCCAUUGUUCAUUGGCGUAUUCCAUGUUUAUUGAAAACUACUACUCCCACUACUACUACUAUUAAUACUACUACUACUACUACUAAUAAUAAUAAUAAUAAUAAUAAUAAUAAUUGGAAUCAAUCGAUGAAACAAUUUCAUUCUUAUAUUAUUUCCUAUUUUAAUAAAUUUUAUAAUUAUAAAUUAGAUAAUUUAAUAAUUAAUAAUAAUAAUAAUAAUAAUAAUGGAACAUUGAAUAUACCAUUACAUUGUAUUAUUACUUAUAUAUUAGUAUUAAGAAUACCAAAUUAUGAUUCUUAUUUAUUAAAUUUAAUUAAAUCAUCAAUGAAUAUUAUGGAAUUAAUAAUGAAAUAUCAUUCAACAUUAGUUUAUCUACCAAGUUAUCUCAUUCAAUUGGCAAAUGAUUAUGGUAAAGAUUUCUGUGUAACUAAUUAUGCUACUUAUAAUUUAGAAAGUAGUCAAUUAAUUCAUUCAAAUAUUUUACCAUUUCAAUGUUUAUGUUAUUUAUAUGAUAGUAAUAAUAAUGGUAAUAAUAGUAAUGUUCAUAUUGAUGGUCAUCAAUCUUUAUGGGAAUUACGUUGGAUACAUUUAAACUCUGGUGUAUUACAACUUAUUUUAAGUUUCAUGUAUGUUCUAUCUCAUGGUUCAUGUUUAAAUUUACCGGAGAGAUUUGAUAUAGAUGAAGUGAAAGCAUUCAUUCAUUCAAUUCAAUUAGACUGUAGUAAUAAUAAUACUGAUAAAGAUAAUUCAUUGUCUCAAACUAUUCAAUCAAUCAAUGAAAUUUAUAUCCAUUUUAUUAAACCAGCUUGUAUCGAUUUUGAACAUGAAGUAUUUCCUUCCAUAACAGUUUCUAAUCAAGAUAAUCAUAAAAAGUGCAAACAAAACACAAAUGAUCAAUCAUCAUCUCAAAGUCAUUUCAAUUCAUUACAUUCAUCAGCAGUCGUUGUUACAUCAUCUGGAUCAAUAUCUAAUCAAUUGAAUUCUAAUUUUUGGGCAAAAGGUACAGGUUUUGCUACAACUCCUACAAUAACUGAAACAUCAUCAGUAACAAAUGAUUAUUCAAAUAAUCAUCAUAAUAAUAUUCAAUCUAAAUGGAUCAGAUCAUCAAAUAUUCAACAUGAAGAUCAAUAUGCAAUAGUAUUAUGUAAUGUCUUAAGUGGAUUUUUGUCUACAUUUAUACAAAAUCCAAUGUAUACUGAUGAAUUAUAUGAAUUCAUUAUUAUUUAUUUUAUUUAUAAGUUUAAUUUAAUACAUUUUAUUAUUAAUUAUUUACGUAAUGAUUCAAUUAUAGAAAUAAUAAAUCAUUAUUUAUUAUAUCAAGCAAUAAUACAAUUAAUACGUAUAAUUAGUUUAUGUCCACGAUUACAUUGGUUGAUAACAUUUGUUCAAAAUGAUUUCAACAAUAAUGAUCAUGUUACUAAGUGUAAUAAUAAAUUAUGUAAUUGUUUUAUUUUACAAUCAUUUAAUUCAUUUCAAUCAUAUUGGCAUGGUAUUCAUUUAAAUGAUCUUUUCAUUUUGAACAAUUGGUGUAAUGAAGUUACUAUUGAUGAUGAUGAUGAUGAUGAUAGUUUGUUGGAAAAUUUAGAUCCAUCGUGUAUUGCUGUUUUGAUGAAACAUAUACUAUUCUAUUUGUCAAAAUAUAAGGAACAAUUAAGCAAAUUGGGAUUAAUAAUUGAGCCUUCUGAAUCGGGACAACCGUCAAAACAAAUUACCUCUAAAUCCAACAUUGAAUUACAUCCAACUAAUACUACUACACGUAUUAGUAGUGGUUGUCUUAUUCGCCGUCCAUCAAUACGAUAUCGUAAUAUUCAUAAACAGCACAUUGGAAAUUUACUAAAAAAUAUACAUUGUAAAAAUCAAAACUUAUGUACAUCAUCUCAAGCAUUCAACACUACUGAUAUUAAUUAUCAUUUUUCCACUUCCAAAACCUAUGGUUUAUUACAAUUGAAAUCUGGUUUCUAUGAUCAGUUUGAUAUUAGUGACAGGAAUACUAAUGAAAUGAGUAGUGAAAACAAAGAUAAACUUUAUACUUUAACAGAAAGUAAUGUUGAAGUCAGCUGUGGUAAUGACGAUGAUAACCCUGACACUGCUUCUGAAGAUGUUCAUGACAAUAAUUCUGAGGAAGAAAAAGAACAGAACGAAGAUAGAAAUGCUCAUUGUGAGGUUAUUAACGAUUUAACCGAAAAUGCUAACCAUUCUCAAUAUUUAACAGAUCCGUUGAUUAAUAAAGAGAAUAAUCUUGUAAAUGGUGAAUUUCAUAGUCAUUUUCAAAAUGAUGUAUUGGAUGAUAAUGCUGAAAGUACUAACCAUGAAUUCAACAAUGAUGGCAGUUCAGUAUGCGUAAACCAAGAAAUUUUAAUUAUUUUUAAUGAACUAGAAGCUACAUAUAAACUGCUUAAACUAAUUUUGAAAUAUCAACAGUCUUCUGUAAAUAAAUUUCCUAAUGAUGAUUACAAAACUACUUUACUUGAAAUACAGUCAGCUGAAUAUGAUAACGGAAAUGGUAAGAACGGUACAUUAGAAAUUCAAACUUCGUCAAUUGAUUCAAAAAUGCUUUCAACCAAUACUGCUUAUUGUACAGCUUUAAAAUCUAUACAUUUUCGUACUAUCAAAUUUUUUUCAGCUCCCGUGAAUAAUACUGUUUCUUCAUUAGUCCCACAUGAAUAUGCGAAUUUAUGUGCCCAACACGAAGGUUUCAUCUUAAUUAAUGGUUUUAAUACAAAAAAAUUGUUCACUUAUGUCGCGUCCACCUCUACCUCUGAACCAAACCCUGAUCAAUCCAAUAAACUUUCAACAGUAACUGCUACCACUACUACUAGUUCUCGAUUGAAAAUAACCCCGAAAAACCGAUCAUUUCAUCGAUUGCAACGUCUUGCUCAGGAAAUUGUAACAUUGAAUACUAGCUUACCAUUGUCCGAAAGUGCUAGUAUAUUUAUUUGCUGUGAAGAAAAUCAUUUGUGUUUAUUAAAGGCACUAAUUACUGGACCUCCUGAUACUCCAUAUGCAAAUGGAUGUUUUGAAUUUGACAUAUACGCACCGCCAGAUUAUCCGAAUCAACCACCUUUAGUUGAAUUUUGUACAACUGCGAAAAAUACAUUCCGUUUUAAUCCAAACCUGUAUGAAGAUGGCAAAGUAUGCUUGUCAGUGCUGAAUACAUGGCAUGGAUCAAGUGAAGAGCGAUGGAAUCCUCAAACAUCAAGUUUAUUACAAGUAUUGGUAUCAAUUCAAUCGUUAAUUUUUGUACGUGAACCUUAUUUUAAUGAACCGGGUUUCGAGUGUACUAUGGGAACGCCUAGAGGUAUAAUUGUCAGUUAUAAAUAUAAUGCUCGUAUUCGUGUUGCAACUGUUCGUUGGGCUAUGAUUAAUCAACUAAAGCAUUUACCAAUUGGUUUUGAAGAAGUAGUUUUAAAACAUUUUCUAAAUCGACGUUCAUUUAUUAUUUCUCAAGUUGAACAAUGGAUACUGGAAAUGCGUAAUCAUGUACAAUUUAAGAGUGUAGAAAUCUAUGUCAAAGAGCUUGAAGAUUCUUUGCCUAUUUUAAAAACGGAACUUAAUCAGCUAGAAGAACGUCUUAUUGAUUGGAAUAAAAAACACAAUCAAAUAUAA